UCUAGAAGCGCGUCCCGUAAUGUGCAAUUGUAGAGAAAAAAUAUCCAUAUGUUUGUAUUAUAUUUUAAUGUAAUGAAGUUCUGUUAAGAUCUUAUAAAUAUCAGAAUUUCCGGGAACCACAUAACUCGUGUAUCAUUUCAUUUUUUUAACUCAGUAUUUUAUCUUCCAAAUAAGUGAAAGAUGAGAAUCCUCGGCUACAUAAUUUGACAUUUCACUUUCAUUAAUAUGAUUUGCAGAAUUAACGGAAGAGGCAAAUAAUAUAUAUUUAGUUUCUUAAAACUGUACAUGAUUUUUUUAAAAUUUUUAUGUUGUGUUUAUUCUUUUUCGAAUUCUAAUUGUCGAAUUGAAUAGAUGUUCUUAAUAGAUCUGCUGUUAAUGGAGAUGAAGUGCCGAUACCUGAGGUGACGUAUAAUGCAAGAUGAAAUCCUAGUGUUCAUCCAAAUUCUUGGAUUGACUUUCAUUUUAUGAGCAAGAACAAAAAAGUGGACUAAUUGCUGGUGGAAUUUAGUGUUCUGACUCAUCAGACUGAUUUUUUAAAAAUCUUGUUAGUGACUCAUAGGCUAAAGUAACAGUAACUUGGAGUAAACUAGACUAUGAAACUUCAUUAUUAUGUAACAUAGUGUGGAAUAACAAUUCUUAUUUUACCACAAUACUUAAUAUUUUUGCUCUUGUGGCUUUGCAAUAAACCAAAUCAAUCAUGUUUGAAGAAAUACUUGAAAGGGCUGUAAAUCCCUCUGAUCCUACCUUGGAAGAUAUAGCUAUUUUUAAAGUUACUGUGACACUGUGCCAACAGCCAGAACUUAAAGCUUUAAUCAAAGAUUGUGACUAUCACAAAAUGAUUUAUAAGAAAUUUCCAUAUGAAGAACAGAAAGAUUGGAAAUUGGUUACACUUAAAGCUGCUGAAAUAAUGUCAACGGUAUGUAUUCCUGAAAAAUUAAGAAAAAGAGUUCUUGAUUCGGUUUGGCAAAUUAGCCUGGAAAUCUUAAAAUGGAUUGAUUAUCAUACAAAAAAUUCUUACUUGGGCAUUGAAACUCCUGAUGAUUUUUGCUGGACACCUCAUGGCAAGAUUGAUCACAGAAGAACUGCCAAAACAGUCAUAAAAGAUGAAACCAUAGACAUCAAAAAGCGAUACAAAUUGGCAUGCUUGUACUGCCUGGAAGAUGAUAUACGUAUUCUCUGGGGAAAAUUCCGUAGAACAACAAAGAAAGCUUUCCAUAAUGGGAGGGAUCCCAAACUGGUAGAACAACAUGGUUUGGUUGUUUAUUGGUCUUAUUUUAUACAAGAAGUGCCUUUGGAUCAUAAUGUGUUUACAGUACAUGAAGAACUCACUAAUAUCUUUGCAUUUCGGUGUGCAGCACUUGAAGGGAAUAAAAUAGCUACUGAAUACUUUUUUAAGAAAUUGACAUUUGAUGAAAGGAAGCGUAUGAUAGUUCCAUGCAUUGAGUACAUAGCCACGGGCCCUCAUACAGCUCAACAAACUUACAUCAAGUUUUCAGAACAGGAUUUGAAUGAUUCUGUAUAUUUCUUAUUCUCCCAGUUGGAUGAAGAAGAUCGUACCAAAGUCUUUGAAAGCAAUGCAUUGCUUAUCUUAAAAAGCUUUCUAAGCUGGCCAAGACAAAGGGUUUUCAUGGAAAUGGUAAGCUUGACAUGGCAAUAUCUUCCGGAAAAGGAUUUCGGAAUUUUAUUACUUGAAAUUCUUUCGAAAGAUUUGGAUGGAUACAAGGAUUACAAUUAUCGGAAGCUUUUUCUAGAAUUUUGGGAUACAAGUCCUCCAUCCUAUAAAUUAUUUAUUAACAAUGAAACAAGUUUUGGAGGGAUUUUGCUGGUAUUGUUGAUAAGAUAUAAAAUCCCCUUUGUAGUAAGAAAGAAGACCUUUCGACGAAAAGUGAUGUUCAUAAAUAAUAUCUUAAAAGACAGAACCACUAGGGAAAAAUUUCUUGCAGAUGAGGAAAAAUGGGAGUUUUUGAAAUUCAUAAUACAAGAAGGAAUAGUUACUAGGACUUCAAUGACCAAUUUUGAGUCCCAAUUCUUUACUUCUUGUGUUGAAGUUUAUUCGGCUAGGAAAAAGAAGUGGGAUCAAUGUUUCAAAUUAAUCCGUAUGAUUCUACCUGCUGAAGAUACAGGAAAUCGGGAAUCAGAUAUGGACGAAGAGGAGGAGGAGGAAGAUGAGGACGAAAUAGAAGAGUAGAAAAAUCAUGAAAGUAAGGGUGGCAUUGUCAAAUUAUUCAUAAUAUCCAAAUUUAAAAUUGGUUCUCAUCAAUUCUGAAGAACAAUCAGAAAUUGUGCAAAAUCUUUUGUAAAACUUUUUGCAAAUCUGUUUUGUGCAUGCUGUUUUAAUUUUUUCAUAAAAUUUUUAAUUUUCUGUAACUUAUCAGAUAUUAUGAAAUAUUUGUCAGAAAUGGAAAUGUCUUGCUUGUGCAUUACCGUAAGGUGCAUAUUUGCAGAUAUCUUUAAUUCUUAAAAGAAACAGGAACAUUCUGCUGUUACUUGAAAAAAAUAAACCAUGGAAAUUCUAACGAUGUUUUAUCAUUGAACUUAAAACUGUGGAAAUAUGUUGGAACUUUUCCAUGAGUGACACUUGUGUUAUUACACUAAAUCAUAUGCUAUGCUUAUCGAAAGAUGUCCUUUGUUUUUUCAUGCUACAGUAUUUUUUAUUUUAAUUUUUUCAUUUCAUAGACUUGCCUGUACUACAAAAUUAUGCUUGUAAUAAUGAGUAUUUCUUCUUUGAAUUUAUUCAAAAAUUGUCAUGUUACUGUUCAUCAUUGUUUAUGCAUAUUUCUGAUAUGCCUCAUAAUAAA